CAGGAAAUGAAAGUGAAGGGAGCCUGUGGCUGAAGAGCGAUGCUUCACGUCUACAACCAUCAUAAUUAAAACAGGCCUUUGCUUUGAUAAACAAAGGAUUUGACUCAGUACAAAGAGAUGUCGACCACCAGCUGUGAGUUAUCUGAAGUGCAGUUUCGCUGCUCCAUCUGUUUGGAUGUGUUCACUGAUCCAGUCUCCAUACCAUGUGGACACAAUUUCUGCAAGCAAUGCAUCACACACAACUGGGAUGUCAACGUGCGAUGUGAAUGUCCGUUGUGUAAGACGGUGUUAAACACAAGACCUGAGCUUCGUGUGAACACAUUCAUAUCAGAGAUGGCUGCUCAGUUCAGACACUCUGCUGUGAAGAAGGCCAGAAGACGCUCAAUCCAACAAAGUUCCUCUUCUGAAGAGGUUGUGUGUGGUGUCUGUACUGAAACCAAAGCGAAGGCGCUGAAGUCCUGCCUGACAUGUCUGACCUCCUAUUGUGAGACUCACAUGGAGUUUCAUGAGAAGGUCAUCGGACAGACAAAACACGAGCUGAUCGAUCCUGUGGGAAACCUGGAGGAGAGGAUGUGCAAUAACCAUCACAGACCUCUGGAGAUGUUCUGUAAGACGGAUAUGACUUGUGUUUGUUUCAGCUGCACUGAAUCCAGUCAUAAGCUUCAUCAUAUCAUUCCCUUGAUGGAACAAUACGAAGAGAAGAAGGCUGAGCUGAGAGAGACAGAGGACGACAUUCAGAAGAUGAUUAAGGAGAGGCAACUGAAGAUUCAGACGCUGAAAGAUUCAGUGAGGCUCAGCAGGGAAGAUGCAGACCGAGAGAAAUCUGACAGCAGGGAGGUCUUCACUGCUCUGAUCCGCUCUGUUGAGGAAGGCCUGGCUCAGCUGCAUGACUUGAUCGAAAAUAAGCAGAAAAUAAUAGAGGAAAGGACUGAAGGCUUCAUCAAAGAGCUGGAAGAUGAAAUCUCUGAGCUGACAAAGAGAAGUGCAGAGGUGGAGGAGUUUUCACACUUUGAAGAUCACCUCCAGUUUCUUCAGAACCUGGCCUCCAUGAACCCUGCUCCACCCACCAAAGACUGGACACACGUCCAAGUUCACUCAUCGUAUGAGGGGAUUGUGAGAGGAGCUGUGGCUAAAGUGGGGGAGAAAGUCAGCGAAGAGGUCAAGAAGCAAGUUCAGUUUGAGCUGGCUAAAGUCAAACAGUACAUGAUAUAUGUCACUCUGGAUCCUGAUACUGCACAUCCCUCCCUUACCCUGCAUUGGAGUAAAAAAGUAGCAUGCGGUAAAAAGCAGAGUCUCCCAAACAACCCAAAGAGGUUUUCUGAGAGUGCUUGUGUCCUGGGAGAUCAGGGUUUUUUGGCAGGAAAGUUUUAUUUUGAGGUUCAGGUCAAUGAUAAAACAAAUUGGGAAUUAGGAGUAGCCCUUGGAUCAAUGGACAGGAAGGAAUCAGUCUUUCCCAGCCGAGGGCGAGGCCCUUGGGUUUUGCAGUUGAAGAAUGGAAAGGAUUACUCAGUCAGUGGUUAUAAUUUUGACCCUCCAUCUCUUAAGUGGAAGCCUCGGAAGGUGGGGGUGUUUGUCGAUUAUGAAGAGAGUCUCGUCUCCUUCUACAAUGUAGGUACAGGGUCCCACAUCUACUCCUUCUCUGGCUGCAAAUUCAGUGGCAUACUGUACCCAUACCUCAAUCCUUCAGGGGACAACCGUGCCCUUGAGGUCCUGUAAGAGCAUAUCAGGUUACCAAUGUUGGGUUGCUUCCCAACAUCAACACUGCAUCCAAGUAUGAACGUGGGGAAUGAGGAACACUCUUUUUUUGGAGAUUUGUUUGAGUUCAUGUUAAGUCACACGGAAGUGACUUCUGGCUGAGAGUUGCCGUCUAAGACUUGAGACUUGGAUUUGGCUUCUCCUUAAGGUUUGAUCAGACUACAUGUUUUUUUUGUGUGUGUGUGUGUGUGUUUUGUGACAGCACCAGCUAAUCAUUGAAUGUUAUCACAACGUUAUCUCCCAUCUUCAUGACUGUUUGGGGGCUUAUUGGUCUUCAGGAGGUGGGUCAAAGAGUGUCAUAGCUACCACAAAAGCACUGGGUUUGACUCUAGCAGUCUUGUGGUCUGAAAAUGAGAAACCCUCAAAAAAGAAAUGAUUAUGGAUCAGUAAGUUGACAAUGGACUUGCUAUCCUUCAAACAGAACUUGAGCUUCAACUCUGAGAAUAUCUCAAUAGAAUUAGUCCAGUUAAUAGAGCUAAAUACAGUUACAUGUGUGACUUAUUGGUCAGCAUGAUCAUGUAAAGCCCUGACGACAUGUCAAGGAGUCAAACUAGACUGAAGGCACCAGUAAAAUUUCUGACAUGCUAGUUUAAGUACGGCUAAAUUUGAGUUGUCUGAAGUGGCCAUAAAUACCUAAGUUUGGAUCUUGAUUUGUCUUCUAAGAGUUUGGACUGGAUUAAAACUUGCACUCAAAGAUUUGAGACUGUACUCUGACUUGCCCUAAAUGAGUCAGACUCAAGGCUUCAGAUGUGAUUUGGACUUGUCCAUAAAGACUUAAGAAUCUAACUGGGCUUGAACAGAUUUGACUCAGACUUGUCCCUCUGAGACUUGACUUGGGACUUUUCCACAUAAGAUUUGAGACUUGAACUGAAAUUAUCCAUCAAAGAAUUGAAAUGUUAUUUGAAUUUGCCCUCACAGACUUGAGACUAGAUGUGGGCUUGUCCAUGAAGACACAGACUUGGUACUUGGUUAAGGCUUUCCCUCAAAAACUUGAGAUGUGACUUGGACCCUGUUGGCUUUAUUUGAACUUAACCUCAAAGACUUGAGACUUGAUUCGGACUUGUCUGUAAAGACUUAAGGCUUUAGCAGGGCUGGACCAGAUUUGACUCAGACUUGUCCCUCUGCUACUUGAGACUUAACUUUGGCUUUCCCUUAUGAGAGCUGAGACUCAACAGAACUUGUCCAUCAACGAAUUGAGACUUUAUUUGGACUUGCCCUCACAGACUUGAGACUUGAUGUGGACCUGCCCUUUAAAAUACAGACUUGCUUGAUUUGGACUUUCCAUCAAAGACUUGAGACAUGACUUGGACUCACCCUCAUAGACCUGAGCACUGAAUUCUAACCAAGGGACUUGAGAACUGAUUUGCCCUCGGCCUCAAAGACUUGUGAUUUAGUAAAGACUUGACCUCAUAGACCUAAAGAUUUAAUUUGGACUCUGUCUACGGGGGCUGAAACUUGGUUUGGACUUAAUCCUUGAUUUGAGUUUGCCUUCCAAGACUCAGACAUGACUUGGACCCUAGGAGACUUAAGAUUAGAAAUGGACUCUUCUUCAAACACAACACUUGAUUUGGACUUGCCCUCCAAGACUUGAGAACAAUGUGGAACUGCCCAUAAAAACACAGGCUUGGGACUUGAUUUGGACUUUCUUUCGAAGAUGUAAGACUUGACUUGGGACUUGCCCCUUUCAGUUAAGACUUGACUUGGACCUGCCCUUAAACCACUCAAGACUGGACUGGAACUUGCCCUCCAAGGCUCAGACUUGGAUUGGACUUGCCUUAAGAAACUUAAGUUUAGAUGUAGACUCAACCUUAAAACUCUUCAACUGAUUUGGACUUACCCUCUUAGACUUUAGACUUGAUGUGGAACUGCCCAUACAGACACAGACUUCUGACCUGAUUUGGACUUUUCCUCAAAAACGUAAGACCUGACUUGGGGCUUACCCCUCUAAAUUAAUACUUGACUUGGACUUGCCCUCCAUGACUCAGGCUUGACUUGGACGUGCCAUAAUAGACUUAAAACUAGACUUGGACUGACCUUCAAGGAAACAACACUUGAUCCGGACUUACCCUCUAAGACUUGAGACCGAAUUUGGACUUGACAAAAGGACUUGAGACUUUAGUUGGACUGCUGCGGUCAGACUUUAGAUUGAACCUGGACCUGACUUCCUUCACAGACUCGAGACUUUUCUUGGACCGCCAUGUUGUCCAUCUUUAAUUCAGUCUUGUUUUUGUCAGCAGUGGGGAUCACAGGCUUUCUAUCGUGAUUUAUUUUUGUUACAGUAAGUUUGUUGUUUAAGAUCUAAAGUUCACCUAAUGAAGAAUCUAACUGUAUAACUGAAAUGUUCGUUUUCUAUCAGAAAGUACCAGAAAUCCCAGCACUCUGAUACUUAAUGCUUGUACAUAGUGGAGAAUCGUUUUCUUAAUUACCUGUAAUGCUGUUCAACUUAAAAUA